GUAGUUUGCACAAAGGUUCUAAUAUCGUUCUUCACUCCGCCAUGGAAUGCAACGCCCGCCAUGCGCCACACGUCGCCGCACAUGAUCGGCUGGCUUGACGAGCGGUGCCUGGAGGAUGGAGCGCCAGACAAAGAGAUUCACCCCUGUGCAUAGUAAGCUGAGAUGGCAGACCUUGCGACGCUUGACCUCCGGCUGCCAAGGCGACUACAUUGCCACCACGGCCGAGUCCUCGUCUUUGCGGAUCCCCCAGGUUUUGGUGAACGAGACGGAUCCCGUGGAAGUCUUGGAGACAGGUCUACCUGUGAUGUACUACAACCCGAUGUCCAAGACAUUUGAAAAUCGUGUGGUUAAGAUUGACAACCAGCUGAGCUUCUUUUUCGUCCUGGAAGAGAGGGCAUUGAAGGAACCAUGUGCUGUCCGGCUCUAUGGGAUUGAAGAGGUCUUGUCCUCCUCACGCGCCAUGGAGGUCCUUGAGGAGUUUGACGUCCACGAUGAGUAUGCUACGGAGAAAACGGCCGUUGUUGUGAUACAUACAAGACCCGAUUCUGUCAAAAAGAUGGCCUUGACCAUGGACAGGGUGAUUAUUCUUGUGGCACCCCCUGCCAUGAAGCUCGUGGACCAUCUUUCUGAAUGCGUCGAAUUGUCCAAGACAAAGUUCUCCGCAGAUGCGGAUGAUGAAGAAGGUGUGCGCUUGAAGGAUAGUGGACGCUACUUGGACUGCGCGCGCAUUGGAAGCUGCGCAUCGGUUUUUUUCCACUACUCACCUGGUGUAGACUUAGAGUUUACCCUACGGCCAGCCGAUGUGGUGGACAAGCAGGAUUUCGAGAUCAAGGUGCCCAUUGCUCAUGCGCUGCACUUUCCUAUGGAUGCUGCAGGUGUGAACACCGAGCUGAACCAUUUGGUGGAACGUCUUGGCAUUCUUCCUGCACUCGAUCUCACGCGAUUGAAGCUGGUGAUGUAUGAAAUGGUCAUCCAUCGGCAGUGGAUUACACCUCACAUGAGACUGUUUAAAGGUGGGAUGUAUGAUUUCAUGCAAGACCAGGACGGCCUCAACGCCACUUUCAAGAUAGAGAGAGAGGUUCAACAAAGAAUUUUCGAACGAGUUCCAGCACCGCGUGUCAAAAUGGAUGUGCACCACUACUCUGCAAGGGCUCUCGAUGCCACGAUCUUGGCGCUGCGUCACUUGCUCAGCCUGGAAGAUGUGCAUGCAUCAGUGGAGCGUGGAAGACCCGUGCAACCGGAGGACAUUUUGCAUGGAAUUCGAAUAUUUUCCCAGGAUUACUUUCCUCAAGGCAGAGAUUCCAUCCGAAACAGCUACGUUCCAAGACUGCGGCUAUCCUCGCAGCUUUCGUCACAGAGUGAGAAGAUGAUCGAAGAAGAAGAGCUGCCUGAACUGCCAAAGGCCAAGCCGCGAGCGUCGUCGCAUGAGGAACCUCCAUCGAGAAAGAGACAUUCAAGUUUCUACAUGCUUGACUCUGUAGAUCUCGAAGAUGAUGUCAAAGCACAUGCUGACCCCCCAGCACAUGCUCAGCGGCAUAGUGAGCCAUCCGAUGGAGAGAUGCUUGAGAUUUGAAAAGAGGAUGCCGGCAGCCACGGCAGAGCUUAUUCGUUCUUACAGGAUCUUACAGGUGUGUGGAGGCUCCUUGAGGGCAAGGCUAGGAGCGAUUUUGCAGGUGGAAGUCAUGUUUCAAGGAUUCCAACAUGAAGGGUUGUUGGUCAUACGACUUCGCAUACCCCCUCACAACCAAUUUAGCCUCCUUGCACCUUUUGAAGUGCUAAAGUGCUAAUCCAGGCUUGCUUCGCAUUUUGCUUCGGGAGUGUGGUCAUGAUAGGCCUAACCAGUACAUCCUAGCCAGCUUUCCAGGAUUCCUGGCAAACCCGAGGUCGGAUUGGAG